UUAAGUUUUGCUUACAACCGGCUGCAGCGGGCUGCCGCGUUCGCUUCGUACUAUACAGUCGUCAGUAGUUAUACGAGACGCAGAAUCGAUCGGACCCGCCGUUUGCUGGCAGCGACUAUAUAUAUUGUACGCAUUACGCACACACACGCUUGCAGAGGAAAAAAGUGAAUACAUCGACGGACGACGAACGACAGAGCUCACAUAGAUUACGUUUGACUUCGCAAUUUCACGCAGCGAGUUUUUAUUAUUUAUUUCGUUUUCGAGCGAUAGGAGCAAGUUUCAGUCGCAGCGAGGCGGAUCAUUUUAUUCACUUUCGCAACAUCUGGAAGACAGCUGCAGUUACGAGGAAAUCCUCGCCAUCAGCCUGAGCCACACGGUCCCGUCAUUCUCCGCACAUAAUAGAGACCAUAGCGCUCGCAGGAAAACACAUCGAAGGCAUAUUACAAAAAGUCGUGAAUAAGUGCAUACGAAGCAAUCGUCGGGAAGAAUUAAUAAAACUUCAACAACCAAGUGACAUAUCGCAAUAUAUUGGAGCUAGAGCGUGCUUGGCGAUUAUUGCAAAGGAGAAUCAAAUUGAGCGUGUGAAGGAGGCCAAAGGUAGCCACGUCGGGUCUUUUAGCCAGCAAGCGGCCGUCCAGCAGGGCGCUACCAUUUUAUAUGACUUUUCUCCGACAACAAGAAACAUCCAGGAUAUCAUCCCGAAGGAAAGGCACGGUGUACAACACAGGAGGCGGUGGCGGCUCGUGGCCUAGCGUUGCUAAAAUUCAUUCUUCCGAUCAGUUCCAUCGUGACGGGUACACCCAGCGCUCAGCACCGGUCACCAUAAGCAAUCAUUCGUCGACGAGCUUUGAUCUGCUCCGGGAAGAAGCUCCGUUAAACGGGCCUGAAUUUGUGAGCACACUAGGUGCAGGUUGCACAGCACAGGCUGCGUGUAUGAUCAUUGUGGGACAUCAGGCAGGUGAGCAAGCGAGCUGCCGACGCGGACCAUCGCGGACGAGGCUUUGCAACGCUCUGCAACAACUAUCGAGCGAUAGCAAACUUUUGUACGCACAGCAAAACACUUUAUUGCUCAAAUAUCCGAGUGCAAAAUUUUCCAGUAAUAGGCAUCGGAAGCUUCAGCCGUUUAGAGAAACGUGACUGGUGUCAUCGUCGGAGGUUGACGCAACGCGACUGAGCACGAAAAAAGAGCAGCACACUGACGCGACACGUAUCCCGGUGUCCCAGAAGGAAGGCGCUAGUGCCAGCGUUGCACUGUUCUCACCCGAAGAAAGCUCGACUCAUAGAGAUUGUCAAGCUGAAGUCGUCGCUGAUUUGCAGUUUAGGCGCUAAGCGCGGUUCUAGGCGUACCAGCAGAACGAAAAAUUUACCAACCUGAGAUAAUUAUUGAAAACGUCCAUGUGCCGUUAGGAUACUAAAUACCAGCACAAGCCAACGUGAAAGCUCAUCGAAUGAAUAAUCGCUAGUUCCGUUGAAUGCUCGCAAGUUCAUUGUACUAUAGCAGAUAAAUCGUUCAUCUCUCUCAGCUGUUUUCCACUUCCAAACGAAAUUUCUCAAAUUUUUUACUCGGUGCUUUUCUUUACCUCGAAAAACUAGUGAAACUUUCUCAAAAUGGGUAGCGUCAAUGUCAACCGUGGCGUUAGCGAUGCCUUUUAUCGUUACAAAAUGCCGAGAAUUCAGGCCAAAGUUGAGGGCAAAGGUAAUGGCAUUAAGACCGUCAUCGUCAAUAUGGUCGAGGUGGCCAAAGCCAUCGGUCGGCCAGCCACCUAUCCAACGAAAUUCUUUGGUUGCGAGCUAGGUGCUCAGACUCAAUUCGAUUUUAAGAACGAACGCUUCAUCGUCAACGGGAGCCACGAUGCGUCAAAAUUGCAAGAUCUCCUUGAUGGUUUUAUCAGGAAGUACGUCUUGUGUCCUAAUUGUGAUAACCCCGAGACUGAGUUACUCGUUAACGCGAGGAAAGGUACCAUCUCGCAAGGAUGCAAGGCUUGCGGUCAUCAUGGCAUGCUAGAAAGCAACCAUAAGCUCAACACCUAUAUCUUGAAGAAUCCGCCUAGCCUAGAUCCGGCAGCGCAAGGUAGCUCCCUUACCGAAGGCAAACGGGCCAAGCGAUCGAAGAAGGCUAAUGGUGAUGCUAAUGGAGAUCGUGCGGGCUCCCCAGACAAUGAAAAUAAUACCAGCACCACCGACAUUAUCGUUGAAGCUCCUGUCAAGAUGGCUUCCGAAAAAGAUGGUGACGAUGACAACUGGGCCGUUGAUGUAUCAGAGGAAGCUGUACGUGCUCGUAUGCAGGAUCUCACCGACGGUGCCAAGGGCCUCACAAUUAGCGACGAUCUUGAUAAAAGUGAGAAGGAGCGUAUGGAUAUCUUCUACAAGUUGGUUAAGUGCCGUCGUGACGCUGGCCAACUCGAUAACCACAAAGAACUGGUUGCUGAGGCUGAACGUCUUGAGAUCAAAACUAAAGCACCCCUUGUUUUGGCUGAGCUGUUAUUUGACCAACACAUUGCAGCUCAAGUGAAAAAGUAUCGAAUUCUAUUGCUCCGUUUCACUCAUGAAGACGUUAAGGCUCAGAAGUAUCUAAUUGGUGGUAUCGAACAAAUCAUUGCUCUGCACAAGGACACGCUCAUGGCUAAGGUACCCGGCAUUUUGAAGUUAUUCUACGAUAACGAUAUUUUGGAAGAAAAAGCUCUAUUUGACUGGUCUAGUAAAGUAAGCAAGAAAUUUGUUUCCAAAGAUCUAUCUCAAGAAAUUCAUGACAAGGCAGCACCAUUUAUUACCUGGCUAAAAGAAGCUGAGGAAGAAGAAUCUGACUCUGAAGAAGAUGAUGAUGAUUUAGAGAUUGAAUACGAUGAUAGAGCUAAACAACCUCUUAAACAACAAACUCAGCAAGCACCUAAAAAACCAGUAGUAGAAGAUGAUUCAGAGGAUGGAGAUGACGUAGAUAUUGAUGCCAUUUAAAAUCAAAAAAUAGCUGAAGCGUCAAAGUCAAAAUAUAUGCCAAGCAAAAUUAGAGAAAUUUAAAAAUUUU